AUGAUUGUCCUGAGAUAUAAGAUAGGACCUACAAUGGCUGUUCUUAGACAAGACAUCGAUCAAAAUAUUCAGAGAUUAGAGAAGGUUUGUGAAACAGAUCCUUGUGUUUACUCCAAUUUGGUUGAGAUUCUGAAGAAAGAAAAGAAGGAGGGAACAUCCAAGAUGGUUGCUAGUUGCAGUAGAGCUCUUCUUUGGCUCACUAGGACAAUGGAUUUUACCACGGGUUUAUUACGAUUGUUGUCGAAAGAGAUGUCGUCGAAAAUGGAAGAACUUGUAGAAGAAUGCUACAUGUCGACUUUAAAACCGCAUCAUGGAUGGAUCGCGUCUGCUGCUUUCAAAGUGUGUUUGAAGCUAGUGCCUGACAAUAAGACGUUCAUGGAUGCGAUCGGUGCAAGAGACGAGAGCAAUGAGACCCUUAGAGAAGACAUUAACACCUUAAGCUCAUUAUUGACACCUAUUCUCAAAGAAAUUUACCGUGUUCUGGAACAAUACGAGUUGAACAGAUUAAGAUCGAUGUAA